GAUCUUCGCUGAGCGCUGCCAUGGCUGCUCACUGUGAGCUGUUGGACGAGCUUCCCGCGGCCUGCCUGUCGCCGUGCGGACCACCCAACCCCGCCGAGUUGUUCAGCGAGGCGCGGCGCCUGGCUCUCGAGCAGCUGCUGGCCGGCGGCCCAGACGCCUGGGCCGCCUUCCUACGGCGCGAGCGGCUGGGCCGCUUCCUCAACGCAGAUGAGGUGCGCGCUGUCCUGGGCGCAGCCGAGCGGCCGGGCGAGGACGGCGCGGCGGUGGCCGAGGACUCGUUCGGCUCCUCACACGACUGUUCGUCAGGCACCUACUUUCCCGAGCAGUCGGACCUGGAGCCGCCGGCCUUGGAGCUGGGCUGGCCCGCCUUCUACCGGGGCGCUUACCGCGGUGCCACGCGCGUCGAGGCGCAUUUCCAGCCCCGCGGCUCUGGCGCCGGCGGCCCGUACGGCUGCAAGGAUGCGCUGCGCCAGCAGCUGCGCUCCGCUCGAGAGGUGAUUGCUGUGGUAAUGGACGUUUUCUCAGACAUCGACAUCUUCAGAGACCUACAGGAGAUUUCUAGGAAACGGGGUGUGGCUGUGUACAUCCUUCUGGACCAGGCUCUGCUCUCCCACUUUUUGGACAUGUGCAUGGAUCUGAAAGUUCAUCCUGAGCAGGAAAAGCUGAUGACAGUGCGGACUAUUACAGGAAAUAUCUACUAUGCAAGGUCAGGAACCAAGGUUGUUGGGAAGGUUCAUGAAAAGUUCACACUGAUUGACGGUGUCCGGGUGGCCACAGGCUCUUACAGUUUUACAUGGACCGAUGGCAAAUUAAAUAGCAGUAACUUGGUAAUUCUAUCUGGCCAAGUGGUUGAACAUUUUGAUCUGGAGUUCCGGAUCCUGUACGCCCAGUCAAAGCCCAUCAGCUCCAAACUCCUGUCCAACUUCCAGAUCAGUGGCAGGUUUGACCAUCUGGCUGACCGAAAGCCACAGUCGAUGGAGCCCACACUGGGCAAUCUGCUGCGCAUGCGGCUGGCCAGACUCUCCAGUACUCCCAAGAAGACCAGCCUGGGCCCAAAAGUGCCACCAGAAGAUAGAGCCAAAACCAAGCGCCAUGACUCUGAGGCUUCUACCAUCAGCGAUGAAGACUAUUUCUACAGCCACAAGGACCAACUCGAGGAUAGCAAGGUGGUUGAUGCUGCUACCCAAACAGAGCCAGGAGAAGACACGGCUAUAGUAAGCCUGAGUGAGAUGGGAACACAGACCAGUUCUAGCGUGGCGUGUGUUGGGAUCCAAACCGCAGUAGACACAAGGGCAGCAGGCUCCCAGGCCACAGUGUGGUCCAAGUCCACUACCACGCAGACUGAAGCUGAUGAGAGCUUCUUUCCUCAGGGUGCCCAGUCUAAAGAAGGGUCACCUGCAUCCAGGAUGUCGGUGUCGAGAUCUUCUAGCCUGAGGUCAUCCUCUUCGAUGUCUUCCCAGGGCUCAUUGGCCAGCUCUGUCGGUUCUCAUAUUUCCCUAACAGCCCCUGACCUCCACACUCCCGGAUACCCGAAGUACCUGGGUCUGGGCACCCCCCACCUGGAUCUGUGCCUGAGGGACUCAUUCAGAAAUCUGAGUAAAGAGCGGCAGGUUCACUUCACUGGCAUCAGGUCCCGACUCAACCAGAUGCUGACUGUGCUGUCCAGGAGAACCCUCUUCUCAGAACACUACCUCAGCUACAGUCCUGGAAGCUUUACGAGAGCUUCUGUGAACCUGGUUUCCGUCAGGGACAUACCACUCUAUCCCCCCUAUCAGUGACUGCUGUGUUCGGCCAGCCCUCUCCAGGCCAGCAGGACUGCCUGCUCCACCAAGUUCCACAUUCCCCAGCCACCCUCUUACACCUCUGAGUUUAAGUCUAGAGACUGAUACUUUUAUUUGUGUUCUGUAGAAACCACCUGGUGGUUUAAACACUAUGCGUACUUUUUUUCCUUUUGCACUAUUUUAAUAUUAUAUCUCAACACUACAUAUGUGUUUUAAGGUUGGUCAUGUGUGUGUGUGUGUGUGUGUGUGUGUUGCACUCACACACCCUUAGUGCUUUGAAUCACCACUUUUUAGGAUCAGAAUCAUAUUUAAAAGUUAAACAAUAUUGUUUCUUAACUGACGUUUUCUUGAAUAACUAUGUUCUUAGCAUUAGAUAAGUUUAGACAACUUUUCAUUGGCCUGGGUUUGAUUUUUCUUUCUGACAACCUUUUCUUUAUUUUUAAGGGUAUGUCAUAAAUAAAUGCACCCUAUAGGUA